AUGCAACAAAACGACCAAUUGCAGCAACCCGAUGACUCGCAGAGAAAUGCACUGAAUUAUCAGUUUUCCCCGGAAGAGUUGCGAGUCCUGCGUGAAUGUAAUCGUGAAUCCUUCUUUCAACGAUCUCUUCCGUUGGGGACGGUUAUGGGAAUUGGCGCAUGGUACGCGGUGCAUAAUAAGUUUCUAAAGCCAAGUGUGCGGUUCGGACCUGCCCCAAAGAUAUUGGUUGGCGUUACGCUUGGAUACUUCAUCGGAAAGAUAAGUUACCAGAGCAAAUGCGCCGAAAAGAUUUUGCAGCUGCCCAACUCUCGAUUGGCUGAUUUGAUGCGUCAACGUCGUCAGGAAACAACGGGAAUGGCCGAUAAGUUUCUUCCUGAUCAAGGAUUCGGUGCUUCAAGCAUGCUGACGCCGUUUGAAACAAGCCCGGCACGUGAACGACAGGCUGACGAGUCAUUCCUGAGUAACGGUUCGCUGAACCUGUACUACGAUGGUCCGCAAUACUCUGGACUUGAUGAUAGUGGUCGACCAACUGUUGAUUCUACCACCAAUUUCGAAGAGGAUCUUCAGCUGCCACUCGCACCGAAGGCAUCCAAAAGCUACGAGGAACUGCGACGUCAGAAUCGCGAAGAAUACCUCAAGCGCCAGCAGCAACCGUACCGUCCGGCAACGGUUCUUGAAGAUAGCCCACCAAUUCGACGCGAAACAGCAGAACGACGUGGUGGUAUGACUUCAGAGGAAGCUGCGAUGCCUCCAGGUCCACCACCCGUUAAAAACAAGUACGGCGAUGCUUGGUCACAAUAG